AUGCAGUGGUCGAUCGACUGCUGGUUCGCUCAGCUGAAGCAACCACAGCAGUGGACGUCUUGUAAUGGGAUUUCUGCUCAUCCUGAGUUUUCUCUAAACUGCAGGGAGGAGCUCGAUGGCCACGUCGCCUGUGUGAAGCUGUUUCUCGAACAGCACGUGGUGCAUGGGGAACCGUACGUACCAGGCAGUGAAGAUGAUAGGGAUAGGUGUAGAUCGACGCGUUCUCUGUACAUGAGGUGCAUGCAGAACAAGAAAAACUUCCCACAAGAUUCAGACCGGGUUGCCCAUCUAAUGUCACAACCACUGAGGUGUAUGUACGGCACAAAGCUUGGCCUGACAGAUCGGUGGGGCGGCGAACGGUUGAGCCAGCAACUGGAGAAAAACAUUUCGCAUUUGCAGGUUCGACUUGAUCAUAAGUGA